AUUAUGAAGACGGCGUCAGAUUCAAAGGGAUUUUCAAUAGGCAUUUGUAAGUGUUGUUGUUUUGCUUCCAGCCAAUACAAUGAGCGCACAACGAAUAUUUCUCUUUUCAUCUUAUAUUUAUACAUGACCCGCGACUUGCGUUGGCCAAAUGUCCGCUGGAUCUAGACCUAUACUUCUUUGUUGUGUUGGCUCCGCUGGCAUGGGAACCGUGAGUCAUGUCGACCCAACCAGAGGGUCGAGGACCUGAAGAGGCCAGCAAAGACCUGCUGCGAUCCCAGGCAACAAGCUUAAAGGAGCUGAAGCAGAGAGGAGGGGAGAGGAGGCGAGGAGGACAGAGUCAAGAGGAGGAAAAGGGAGGAGGAGGAGCAGAUCUUUGGGGCCAGAAGAGAUGGAGAGUGCAACAGCUGGAGAAAGACAAGCUGGACAUGAUUGCUGCCAACAACCACGAGGUCUCUGGGCUGCAGGCGGUGUUGACGGGGUUACGGGCGGAGCUGGAGAGAGGAGAGGUGGAGCGACAGAGCCUGGAGUACCAGCUGGCCCUGAGCCACAGACAGACGGACAGAGAGGCAGAGCGGAGCGCCACCCUCACCACACACAACCACACACUGAGGGAGCGUGUGCUGCAGCUGGAAGAGAGGGUUUCUGAGGUGGAGGGGGGCCUGCGUGCCAGAGAACAGGACCAGCAUGCAUUGCUACAGGAAGUGAGUGAAGCUGAACGUCUGAAGAAGAAGGCACACACACAAAACCACCGGCUGACCCAAGAGACCCAGCAGCUGCACUCACUGCUGAAGGAGAAGGAGGAGGCCUUUCAGGAGGUGAAGAGGAGGCUGCAGGAGGCGGAGAGAGAGGGAGCGAAGGACAACGAGGCCCUCAGGGAGCUGACCGGCAAACUGCACCUCCUCCAGGGGAGAGAGGAGGAGAGCAGACGACAAGAGGAGCAGUGGAUCCUGAGGAUCAGGUGUUUGGAGUCCAACAUUGAGGCAGAGAGAGCGGCUCACAUAGAGGCUAAGGUGCGCGUCCAGGCCCUGGAGGGAGAGGCUGCUGUUGCCAGGUCUGGCCAACAGGAGGCGCUCAGUGACCUACAGCUCCUCAGGUCUCAGUUCAGAGAGGUGGAGCGAGCCAUCAACACCACACACACUGUGGACAUGUUAGAGAAGCAGUACCAGCAGUUUAAAUCUGAUAUGAACGUUGCCUUGGAGACGGAGAGGAAGGCGACCUCUGACGUGGGCGACAUGCUGGAGGAAGAGAAGAAAAGGCACGCACAUACACACUCACUGCUGGAGCAGUCUAGUAAGAAACAGGUGUAUCUUGAAGAGCUCCAUGUGAGCUGUACAAUGCAGAUCAGAAAGACCCUGGACCAGCACCACAACACAGGAAGGUGUGUCACAGCCACACAGGAAGUGAAGGAUAAUUCCUCUGCUGAAGUCUUGGAACAUCUCACAGAAACUCUUAAUAACUACCAUCAAAACCUGGAAAUAGCUACACAACAGGUCCAGGAUCUCCUUUGUGCUUCAGAGAAAAUCGAUGAGGAGAACAAAGCCCUCAGAGCCCUCAUCUCAGACCAGAGACAGCACAACCAGGAAUUGGAGAUGAUUCUUUCAACCCAAAAACAGGAAGUGAUGCGUCUGCAACAGGAGAGCUCCGAUUGGUCAAAGUGGAGCCAAGAUUUCAAGGGGCAGCUGGAGCAGAGCCGACUUGCCCUGGAGAGAGAGCGAGAGGAGAGGAAGAUGGAGGGGGAGAGAGUGACAAAGGAGAGGAAGAUGGAGGGCGAGAGAGAAAGAGAGGAGAGGCAGAUUGAAGUCCAAAAGAUAACCGACGUCUACCAUAAGGAAACCAAGAAGUCUUUGUCUUUCCUCUACUGUCUAUAUCAGCAUCUCCUGGUUGGCUGUGACCCGCCCCAGAGCAUCAUGGGAAAUUUCACCUGGUCAGAGCUUUGUGAUGUCAUCACCCAGCGGGUGGACAGACUGACCCUUGACCUCAGCUACGCCAACGACAAGCUAAGUGUGUGUGUACAGGAGCUGCAGAAGAGUCAGGAGUGUGUCUCUCGUCAUGAAGACAGUAUGAGACGGAGAGAAGAGCUCUGCGUCUCCCUCCAGCAGCGUCUCUCCUGCAGCCAGCUCCAGUGCUCCUCCCUGACCUCUGACCUGGGCGAGGUGCAGGCUGUCCUGGAGGGCGAGCGCCGGGCGGGGGCGGGGCUGCUGGCGGCGUGCGCCCUCCUGGCGGGGGUCCUGCUGGAGUGCCGGCGGCGCUGCGUCUCCCUGCGCCUCCAGAAGGAGGUGCUGCGGCGGCGGCGGCCCCGGGAGGAGGCCCGGGACCAGCUGGAGGAGGAGAGAGGGAGGGGGAGGGGCCUGAGGCGGUGGAGGGUGUGCACGUGCGCGCUCCUGGCGCUCAACCGGAUGCGUGUGUGUGCGGCCGCGGCGCGUGUGUGUUUGCGUCUGGACGGGGGACCGGGGGCGCUGUGCGUCAGGCUGCCCCCCCGCCUGGCCACGCCCACUCCAGACAGGGAUCAGGAGGAGGAGGAUGAUGAUGGUGUGGGAGAGGAUGAAGAGCCUGGUAGUUUGUGUGUCAGUUGGCUUCGGUCCAAACCGCUCCACCUCCUACUCUGCUCCUCCAUGUCCGGACUACAGGAGCUGCUGUCACACACUGGACCCUCCCAUCAGGAGUUGGAAUCAGCCGCCAACAGUGGGUUGUCCCGCCUCUUGGGUGCCCUUCUCCACCAAUCAGAUGAGCUGUUCCCUGUGACGGACACCAGGGAGCUUUCGCUGGCUAGCAGGCUGGGCCGCGGGUUGGCUAGGCUAGAAGCUAGCACGCAGCGGAGUAGCAGGGGUGUGGUUGAGAAGCUCCAGCAGCACUUCCUGGUUUUCAGCCAACGGCUGCACUCGGCUGAGGUGGAGAGGCGGGCUCUCAGGCUGGAAGUGGCCAAUCAGAAGCAGAUGGCUAAAGCACACCAGGACUGCGGCCACCAGGUACCACCAGAGAGGUUUAACAGUGUGUGUGAGGAGCUCCGUGCUGCCCUGAACCGAGAGGAACAACUCCAGAUGCUUCUGAAGAAACAACACGCUCAGAACCAAACACACAACCAGUGUCGUCAGGAGUUGCGUCGUAAAGACCAGGCUCUAAGGAUUCUGGGUAAGCACAUCUCUGGCAUGCAGAGGGAGAAGAGAGAGCUGGAGGACUUUCAACAUUCUCUCACAUAGGAAGAAUUGAGCACAGUCACUGACUGAUCUCACCACCUCAGUGGCUGUAGGAUCCAUGGACACGAGAAGCAGAAUGACAAGAGCCAAUGGACAGCCACCAGUCACUGAUGACGUCAUCACAGGCUGCAGAUCUGCAGAGCAGGAAAACAGUGAACCAGAUGAGUGGAUGUCCCACUAACAGAAAAAUAUUAUUUGAAUCAAAUCAAUCUCAUUUACAGAACAAAAUGUUGUUUUUUUCUAUUUGUGAAACCACAAAUAUUUAUUCUGAUGCAGACAGGCAAUUUACCAUUUACUUCAGAUGUGAAGUAAUCCAAUUCUGUAUUGAUCUGCUUUUACUCAUCACUGGAUAUGUGUCGAUGUUACAAGUUGUUGGCAGAGUGUUGAGUUCAUUAAAAACGGAAUGAAAGCUGAUAUUUGGUGGGUUCUCUGAAUGAAAUGGUGUGUUGGUCCACCCCUCUGGGUCCUCUUUUAAACAGAUAGAAGACAGGGUGUGUUCUCUGAGGAGACAUUGUUGGGGUGUGAUGCGAUGCGCCUCAUCAAAUCGAGUAAACACUGCAACUGUGGGUCCAUUCUAAAGAAUAAAAAGGGUAAUAGUUGAUUUAAUACAGUGACAGUCUCACAGAUUCAAACAGUAUCACAUCUAUACUAUUGUGCCAAGUCAAAAAAAGAACCAAACAAAUCUAUCAAGCUAAUUUGGGAAAGUAUAGUUGGGUUAAUGACACCCAGUUGCGCCUGUACUUUUCAAUUGAAUUAGGUACAAUGACAAUUUACCGAACAUU